CAAGCAGACUUCCCCUCACUGUGAAAGCCGUGGUUGUCCCAGCUACAGCUGAGUUACAUCUAUUAAUCUUCCCUGGGUCUUGCAGAGAUGUGCUACUUUUUGAGCACUGUUUACUUGUCAGGGUUUACACAGCUCUGUCAAGAUCUUCACCGAGUUACAUUCAGCCCUGGAUUUGUUAUUGCAGCUUCCAGCCCUGUGCCUGCAUUUCCUACCCAAAAGCGCAGGUGAAGGCCUCCCCGAGCAGAGCAAGAGCUGCAGGCCAGCUCUGUAGCGGCCCUGACUUCUACGAAGAUCUUAACGAGGGAGAAGGGAAAUCCUGUACCUGGUGGUGGAACAGGGGCUUCGUGGUCGGCAUGUCCGGGCUUCCCACAGCACAUCCCGGGAAACACAUCAGCCCCUGUUCCAGCUCACCCCUCGGGAAUAAGCUCUGGGAGCCCAGGUGAGGGCAGCCCCGCAGCCCUCCCCUUGCAAUCAACCCUCCCUUCCCCCAGCUGCCCCAACGGGCGGGGGCCAAUUUCCCCAUCAAUUAGCCGCAGCUCUGCAGCUAAGAUAAAGGCAGGGCAGGGAGACAACCAGGACCGACUUUUCUGCGGAUGUGAUCAUGGAGAGCUUUGUCUAUCCUCCCUUCGGCAAGUACCAGAGCUUCAGGGGCGGCCUCACGCCGAGCCGCAGCCGGGAGCCGGCGGUGAAGCAGCCCAGCUGGAAGCAAAACAAGAGCAGCAGCAUCAGCCCGUUCCUCGGGGGGCCUCUCUCCCCCAUGCCCUCCGAGUACCUGGACAGCUACCGGCGGGCGCAGUUCCAGGCCCUGCUGUCGCAGGUGAGCCCGGGGCUGAUGCCGCGGCUGCGCCGCGCCAACACCAAGGAGGUGGGCGUGCAGGUGAACCUGCGGGCUGACGCCGCCGUGCAGUGCUCGCUGGGGCCGCGCCUGCUGCCCCUCAGCCCCCCGCUCAGCCCCGCUGCGCUCCGCAUCCGCGGGCACCUCGCCCUCUACUCGCCCGUGCUGGACCGCCGGCUCUUCACGCUGCCUGAGGCCACCGGACCCCGAGAGAAGGACGAGGCGUCUGAAGCGACCCCCAAGGAGCAGAAGGCGGAGGAUGGUGGCGAAGAGCAGCAGGAGGGCCAGGCGGAGGCUGCUCUGUUGAGUGAGGAGACGGCAGAGACACCACAGGAGAAGGCUGCAGCCCCCAGGCGGCGAGCUGCCUUCCAGUUUCUGGAGCAGAAGUAUGGCUAUUUCCACUGUAAAGACUGCAAGACCCGAUGGGAGAGUGCUUACGUGUGGUGCAUUUCUGGAAGCAACAAGGUGUACUUCAAGCAGCUGUGUCGCAAAUGCCAGAAGGGCUUUAAUCCCUAUCGAGUGGAAGCAAUCCAGUGCCAGACCUGUUCAAAGACUCGUUGUUCCUGCCCUCAGAAGAAGAGACACAUUGAUCUCAAAAGACCUCAUCGCCAGGAACUUUGUGGCCGCUGCAAAGGCAAGAGGCUGUCCUGUGAUAACACUUACAGCUUCAAGUACAUUGUCUGAUCUGUGUGCCUUUUUCUGUUUUGACCUUUGUACUUUGUCAGUUUUUCAAUGUUUUGACCUUAGGCUUUUGACCUGGCAUUGGAUAAUGGAUAAUGAGUUUUGUAUUAUUUAUAAAGUAUUUAACUUAAUUGUAUAUAUGCUGUGAAUAAAGCUCAAAAAAAAGUUUGCACUAGUUUGUUACCCCAUUAGUUCUAUCUUGCUGUAAUGAAAGAGGAAAGUAUAUCUGGAAGGAAACAAUGUGUUUGAUUUCCUAAAAGAAAACAGGUUUUGUUUUCAGUCUACCUUUAGGGGAUGUGAAGAUUAAAACUGUGACAGCAAGUUCUUCCUUUUGUCAUUCAACCCCAACUAGCUUGGAAGAUUUGAAUAAAUAUUCUGGAGUAUAAAGUGUGGGUAAUGGAUCUGCAAGUGUGUCUUCCUGCUGCCUCUGUCAAA